AGAGAAGGAGUGGGAGGGAGAAAGAGUGAACACUAUGUGCUGUUAGUGAAGCAUGCAGUAGGCAGGCUGAUGGUAAUGUUAGGGCAGGCUUUGUGUGUGGCCCCGUCCCAAUCCCACACAUACGCUCUAAAGACUUGCCAAGUGCACUUUCUGUCAUUUAUCAAAAAGCUUUGGAUGUGCUGAGACCUCGAGGUUGUUGGGGCACCUUCAGGAACCUGAGCGGCUCUGCCGUGUGGAGGACACAGUGGUGUCUGUAUCACUCCGGAUAAAUCGAACCUAGAGCAAGAAUGACAGAGACACGAAAAAUGGCGAGAGCAAAACUGGUGCUGCUGGGACGAGAGAACUGUGGAAAGACGGCUCUGUGUGUGAGAUUCAUCACCAAGCGCUUCAUUGGGGAGUAUGACCAUAAAAAGGAAGUGACGUACAGGUGCCGCAAAAUAGUGGACAAGGAAGCGAUUGACCUGGAGAUUUUAGACACAGUUAACAAGGAGUGUGUUGGACCUGGCACCACCUCUCUGGAGAGCUCUAUUAAAUGGGGUGAUGGCUUUCUGAUCGUGUACUCAGUGACUGACCGCAGCAGCUUCGAGGCAGUCGCGCGCCUCAAGAGGCUCAUUGAUCACAUCAGACAGAGCCUGGGAAUCCCCACAGUGAUUGUAGCAAAUAAGAAUGACAUGGAGAAUGGACGUGCUGUUAGGACAGAAGAGGGACAGGCUUUGGCCAGAGACCUGAGGUGUGUAAAUCCCACUGACACACUGCAACACAAGAAGUGUAAUUUUUUCGAGCUCUCCGUAGCAGAGUGUUCCUCUGAGGUAGAGGCAGCCUUCAGCCAGCUGAUCCGCGAGGUUCGGGUGGAGUUUCAUCGUCACCUGUUAGCCAUGGACAAGCGUUCACGUGUGCUGCAGAUGAGGCAUGCGCUCAAGAAUAAACUCACGCGCAGCAAAACCAUGCAGUGGUGAUGCAACUAUGGAGGUGUGCUGAUAUCCAGGUCUGCUGAAUACGUUCAGGCCAUCAGUCAGGAAAAUGACAGGACUUGUUAAAUAUAUCCUGAAAGUGAUGGGAAACUCCCACGCAUUUACACACUUCGUUGCCAGUUUAUUAGAUACACCUAACUUUUACAGUACUAUAUACAGUAGAUGCACUUCUCCACCCUGACAACUGGUGGAAAGCGAACACCACUGGAGAACCUUUGACCUUAUUUGGGUGGAGGGUCAAUUCUGUGGGAACUACAAGGCAACAUGAUAGUCAUUAAAGUGCAGGAGAUGUCCUGUAUACAGUUAAAAUGAUUAAGUGCCAAGAUGUCAAGAUAUUAAUAUGUCAAGAUGCUAAUCUGAGCUGUAAGGAAGUUAAAAGACACACACACACACACACACACACACUGCCAUAUUGGGAGCUUCUGAACCUCCCAGUUAAGAAACACAACCAAUAAGAUUCUAACCAUCCUGUUGAGGAAGAUGUCUGAAAGUAAAACGCUCACUCCAGGGAAAUUUCAGGCCCCAGAAAUGGGAAACGGUGUUCCACUGAAAUACUGUAUUAGAGCUUUUAUAGCUGUAUUUCUCUGAUUCUUCUUUUUGUGGUGGUGAGGAGAAAUGUCAGGUGGGAUACAUUUUAUAGGCAGUAAUCUUGCUUGAUUUGCUAUAAAUCUGGGGAAAGGGUUACCCUUAUUACAUCCACUGUAAGCACCAAGUGUAUGUGUGAUGUCUGGGAGAACUCGUUGGAUUCCAUUGUGACUGAAUUCUGACAGAAUAGAAAGAAGGAAAUUUAAAAUGUUUUAGUUUUUAAUCUUCUAGCAAAGAUCAUGUUGGGUAAAGAGAACAAACAUUGCUUGCAUAAAGAAGAUUUGCAAACUAGGUGUGACUUGCUCAUGCAGUGAAUUUCACACUUUUGCAUAGCUCCAGCUUAAACAUAGCAUAUUAAUGUUAAGAGAUCAGUGCUUAUGAUGAAAAAAAAUCAUUCUUGACCAAAAAAAUGAUGAAGGCAUAAUGUUAUACCUUAGUGCAGUAUUUUUAUACAGCAGGGAAACUGAUAUUCAGAUAGAAAGCUGAUUAGUGUGCUUCAUAGCAUAGCUCACAGCUCAGUGAUUUCAUCAGUGAUGCUGAGGAAUAACGUCUUUAAAGAAGAAGAGAGAAAAAGUAGAAGGCUUCGCUUUAUUAGCUGAAAGCCAUUUGCUAAUCUGCAAGAUAUGUGCUUUCUUUAACUUUGGAUAUUCAGUAUGUGUAUGUGUGAGAGAUAGAGCUACAAAAGAGACCUCAAGACAUACAGAGCAAAAAAGGAAGAUUUAUAGCAAAUUUUCCUUAUUUAUUUAUUUAUUUGUCUUGUAGCUACAGUCUUUAAAUAAAGCUGAAUAAGCAAUUUGAAUAUUUCUGAACUGAUUUGUUUUUAAUUACCCAAGAAAUCUAACGUUUCUAGUUCUAGUGGAUCUGCAUCGAAUCACUACAUUUACAUCUGAAUAACUGAAAUAAAAUCAGCAUUAUUUGGAUCACCUGAUUACCUUUAUUGGAAGGCAAGUUAGAUUAUUUGGUGCAAAUAUGGAAUGUCUAGAAUUUAUUAUUAAUUUAUUAAAGCACUCAUUUUCUCAUCUGAUACGAUACGGAAAUGUAGAAAAUGUUUGGGAAUUUUAUUGUCCAAGAAUUAUAGACCAAGGAUUAUAAGUAACAGUUUUAGACAUGAAUAUGUGCUCUGUACAUUAACACACUGCCUUCCUAAUGCAUCAGUGUGAUUACAUUCACGGUUCCUCUUUUCAAGGUAAAGCUCAUGACCUUUGAAAACGAAUGAAGUCUGAAAAGAUUUAAAAAGCAAUAAAAAACAGCAGGAAAGAGUGUGAAUUUUUUUUUUUGCAUGAAAAGGACAAGAAUCCAAUCUUCAGUGACCAGUGAGAUCGCAGUGAAACACGCUUAACCUAAGGCUAUCAAAGAGAAUUAUCCUACAUAGAAUUCCUACAUGUUUUCCUACAUAGAAGCUCCACCCUUGUUAUCUGUUAAUUCAGAGGAAUUCCUUCCCAGACUUGGGAUGAGUCCAGUCCAGCUUGGAAAUGAGAUUUUUUCGGAAACUGAAACAUCUAAUGGGGCAGCAUGGUGGCUUAGUGGUUAGUAUAUUCACCUCACACCUCCAGUAUCCUGGGUUUGAGUCUCGCUCCUGCUCACUGUGUGUGUGUGUGGUCCCCGUGCUUGGUGGGUUUCCCCCCACAGUCCAAAGACAUGCUUCUAGGCUUAUUGGAAUCUCUAAAUUGCCAGUAAUGAGUGUGUGUACCCUGUGAUGGGUUGGCAUUCUGUCCAGGGUGUAUCCUUGAUGCCUGAGAUAGGCACACACCCCCCUGACCUGAGGAUAGAUCAGAUAAGUGGUACAGACAAUGAAAUGAAACAUCUAAUUUACUUUGACUGGACUAACUUUUUCCUGAAAUGUCUUCUGGAAUCAAAGUUUGCUUUUCAUUAGAGGACAUUCCUUAUACAAACUAGCUAUGCUGUUUUUCCAUUCUGAUGUUUGAUGUGAAAAUUAAAUGAAGCUCUUGAUGUGUAGCAUGAUUUUAUUCAUUGUGC